UGACCUGCUCGAAUUCUUCGGUCCGCUGGCAGAUCUCUUCAUCCACGAGCUCAAUCUGUAACAUGGGACGUUUCACACAAACAGGAGAAGAAGAAGCACGACUGAAAGCGUACACUUUUCAGAAAUCCCCCCCCCUGCUGCCCAGCCAGAAAUUCAGCUGUAAAACGAGGUCUGAAAAGCUGAGCUGCCUGUGCGUUCAUGGACAGUGCCAAAGGAGGGGGAGGAAGUGGCAAAAGAGGAAGAGGAAGGAGAGGACAUCGUGGUGGAGAGGACAGAGAUGUCCGCCUCUCUAAAUCCAUGUCUUAUGCACUUCGCCAUGGAGCCAGCCAGAUGGGUCUGCAAAUGGGUACAGACGGCUUCCUGUUUGUGGAGGAUCUCCUGGCUCAUCCGCAGUUCCACUCGUACUCGUUGGAAGACGUUGAGAGAGUUGUGGCCACAAAUGACAAGCAGCGCUUUAAGCUCUGUACCCACCCUGAGGAUGGCCGGCUGCAGAUUCGGGCCAAUCAGGGUCAUUCAGUACAGGUUGUGGAUCUGGAGCUGAAACCGGUCAUGGCUGGUUCUCCAGACUGCCCUGCUGAGGCUGUUCAUGGCUCCUACCUCAGAAACUGGAGCUCCAUCCAGCAGCAGGGCCUGAGCCGCAUGAAGAGGACACACAUCCAUCUGGCACAAGGCUUGCCAGGGGAGGACGGCAUCAUCAGUGGCAUGAGGAAAGAUUGUGAUCUAGCUGUGUUUAUUGAUGUCCCCAAAGCACUGGCUGAUGGUAUCAAGUUCUUCUGGUCUGAGAAUGAUGUGCUGUUGACUGAAGGUGAUGCUGAGGGUAAAAUUCAACCUAAAUACUUCAGCCGAGCUCUAAGACUGAGACCUUCAAGGAGCAUCCUGCCACUGCAGUAACAGCAGAGAGUGCUGUCCUGUCAUUGGUCAUUACCGCACUCACCUGACCAUGUUAGCAUCCGACGGUUGGUUGAUGCUUAUCCCAGUUCCCCUGGCAACACUUGUUUUCCAGCAGCAUCGAUUUAUCAGCAACAGAAGUGUAUAUUCAGAAAUCUCCCAAAGUGGCACCUGAUUGGUAAACUUUAAACUGUUGAUUCAUUAUUGAAAGUGAACAGGACAGAAGGUGUAUCCUUAUUUUUAUAUGACAAUUCAACAAACUUAAAAAUACAGAAGCCUUGUUUUCCCCACUUCAUGCUAAAUAAAGCAUUGUACCAAUGACUACCAGGAUAUUUUAACUGGCAGAUCUUUAAAUAAAGCGUAUUGUGCAUGUGGUUAGUCACGUGGCUAAGCAUGGGAAAUGAGAGGAUGCAGACAUUGAGGUUUAACGGACUGCAGUUUCCAGUAAGAUAUGGACUGACACGCACAGUGUGUGAGGGAAGAUAACUUGUUUGAGGUUUCCUGUGUAAGAAAUUGCCAAAAUAUGUCACAGGGAAAACAAGAGAUAAUGAAAAGUAUACAGCUCUAUUUAUUUUAGUAAAUGUUUUAUGUGGUGAAUAUUUUGCCAUUUAUCUUAUAUUUCUCAGUCAUAUCAUUACCUGUAACAUUAAUUUCUAAUAAAAAGUUUAAGUAACACUG